AUGCCCACGGAUGAAAAUCUCCGUCGCCGUGGCUGUAUCGUUGUGUCCGUUUGCAACCUUUGCUUGACAGCAGCAGAAUCUUCGGAACACCUUUUCCUUUCUUGCAUCUUUGCGGCUCAGCUUUGGGGUUGGCUUGGCUCUAGACUCAAUUGUGUUGUGGAUACAUCUUCAUUUGCUGCUCUUUUGUCUUGUAGAUCAGCAAGCUGCUCCUCUCAAGUGGCGGAAAUUUAUCUAGCAGCAAUAUUGCAUACUCUUCAUACUAUUUGGUGCGCUCGCAACUCCAUCCGGUUUUCAUUCUUAGCGCCUUCUUUGCAUGCUGCACAGGUUCGUAUCCAUUCUUCUAUUACUAUGUCUGGUAAUGCUUCUAGAGGAAAAUGUUUGCCAUCGGAUUCCCCCUUUCUGGAUUCUUUUAUGGUCUCGCACCAUAGCCGUCGAGUUAAGGACAUUAUUUCGGUUUUGUGGAAGGCUCCGACAUCCCCUUGGUUAAAAGUUAACACGGACGGCUCGGUGAUAGGAGGUCACGCAGCUUGUGGGGGGCUGUUUCGUGACUCUCUUGGUACUUUCCGUGGAGCUUUUUGUUGUAACAUUGGUAUUCAAUCUGUUUUCUAUGCGGAGGUGCUUGGUUUUAUCAUUGCUAUUGAAUAUGCAGCAUCUAAAGAGUGGCGACAAAUUUGGUUGGAAAGCGACUCCUCUAGUGCUUUAUUGAUUUUUUCUAAUCCCUUGUUGGUUCCUAUUAUGCUCCGUAACAGAUGGCAUAAUGCUAGGCGGUUGGGAGUUCAAAUUCUAUCAUCUCAUAUUUUUCGUGAAGGUAAUUGUUGUGCGGAUAAGUUAGCCUCUCUGGGACAUUCCUGUGUUGGUCAAGUUUGGUUACACAAUCUACCUUCUGCAUUGUGUCUUGAUUUUUUCCGUGAUCGAUGUGGCUUUCCUAAUUACAGGCUCCCUUAA